UAUCUACAAUGGCUCUCUGUACGUACGAUGAGCAAUCGCGGACGUGGUAUGGACCACGAGUAACGCCUGUUUAUAAUCCGGCCGCCAGCGUUGGUCAGAUCUUCAACGACAUCUUGCUGCGCUCACCGAAUCGCAUCAUCCAGAUUGAUGUGGACACGGGCGCACAGUUGAGUUGCGCCGAAUUUCGGAAGCGAAUGAUCCGUGCUGUGCAAAAUCUGGCAUCCGUCGGACUGAGCAAGGGUGACAUCGUAGCACUAGCCAACGGGAACAGUGAAAAUGUGGGGCCACUCUUCUGCGCUCUGUUGACACUAGGUGCAACAGUUAACCCUUUAGCACCAGGCUUCAACAAGCAGGAUAUGGCGCACAUGCUGCGUCUGGCGCAACCGAAAAUGAUCUUCUGUGAGGACAGCAACUACGAAAUAGUGAAGGCUGCCUCGGCAGAGGCGAUACAGGGGAAUAGCCCGCCUUUGUUUGUAGUCGAGAGCGAGCGAAAAGAUGUGCGCCAUGCAGAAGAACUACUGAAGGAGACAGGACGCGAGGAGUCCUUUUUUCCUCCUCAGAUUGAAAAUUCUCGAGAGGCCAUCUCGUUGAUCCUGUGCUCUUCCGGUUCCACUGGACUGCCGAAGGGCGUGUGCUUUUCGCAGGCACACAUUAUCAACAUGCUCGGUUCCUAUCCCAUCUCGGACAGUACGGUAAGCUUCAGUUUUAGCCCGUUGUACUGGGGUUCCGCGUUGUUCACCAUGAUCGGUUCAUUCGGGACGGCCUUGACGCGGCUCAUCACACGCAAGUCGUUCUGCAUUGAGAUAUUCUACAAGGCGGUAGAACAAUACAGGGCCAGCUUCAUCUUUAUGCCACCUUCGUACGCCAACCAAGUUGUGCGCCAUGAACGCGUCACCGAGGUAGAUUUCUCUAGCGUCAAGAUGCUUUCAUUGGGCGGUAGUUUCGUAUCAGAGGAACUGCGUGAUCGGUUUGAUCGUCUGCUACCGAAAGGACGUACGUUCAAUACGGUUGGCACCUCGGAGGUCGGUUGGGUGACGUGUGAUUUGGGCCAGCGUAAGCGCGGUUCCGUCGGUACACCCAUGAUCAAUAUUAGCGCGAAGAUCGUAGACGAGGUGACCGGACAAGAUCUAGGCGUCGGUGAGCGCGGUGAGGUGUUGUUACAGUUUCUCGCACCGUUCAAUGGAUAUUACGGCAAUCCUGAGGCCACGAAGGCUACUAUCGAGGAUCGUGGCUAUACCCGGUCCGGCGAUAUCGGAUACUUCGAUAAGGACGGAUACCUAUACCUGAUCGAUCGGCAGAAGGACAUCUUUAAGUACCGUGGCUUCCACGUCUCACCUUCCGAGCUAGAGUCGAUUGUGGAGCGCCUCGACGGAGUACGAGAGGUGUGUGUCGUCGCUGUGCCGGAGGACGCCGAGAAGACGUCGGAAAUGCCAGCGGCCGUGAUUGUACGCCAGGACGGCAGUACUCUCGAUGCGGCACAAAUCGUCAGAUUCGUCGAGGAGCAGGUUUCUGACUUUAAGCGUCUUCGUGGAGGAGUCCACUUUUUCGAGGAACUACCAAAAACACAAAGCGGCAAGAUUCUUCGGCGGAAGGUGCAAGAAAUGGUGCUUGCGAAGAUAUGUAACAAUAGUACUCCGUGAUCGGUUACUAUGUUCGGUUGCUGUGAAGACUAAGUUAC